AGUGUCAAUUUUCCUCUCAUAACUUUUCAAGCAGGACAAAGGCAGUGUCGUGUAAGAAUUAUAUAGUUUUUGGUAUCUUUUUCAUGGAUCGUGGACGGAAGCCUUUUGUGGCCGCAUUAUUCGCAGGUGCCUUGGCCUUGAUCCUUGCUGUUAUUGGAAUAGCUACUCCAGAAUGGACUGUCGCCCGUGGAAAUAAAAUAGGUCUAUGGACAUUAACUGACGAAAACGGAGUCUCGCAUUCGUGGGCUGACCAUUCUUACACUGAAGAGUUCUUCUACGCAACUUGGUUCAUGGCAGUCCGUGGCAUGAUGAUGGCUGGUGUAAUUAUCGGUUCCCUUGGUCUUUUAUUCAAUGUUUUUGUUGUCGCGAAAAGAUUCCAAACGACUUCCUAUGGCAACAUCCUGCUUUCGUACUAUUGCUUAGCAUUUGCUUGCUUGAUCGUCUCCGUGUGCGUGUACAGUGCACUGAUUUGCCAACCAGUCAACAGUUCAGGUGUAAUCAUUGAUAACAACGCAGCGGCUGUGGAAUUUGUGUACAGUGCCGGCUACGGCUAUUCCAUAUGGCUUACCUGGCUGGGAGCUGGCAUUUUCUUACCUGCUGCAGGUUUAGCCUACGAAGGCGGUCAUCAAGACGCACUAGGAAAAAAUCUUCUAAUUGCAGAAUAAGACAACCAUAGGCAAUUGUAGGAAAAAUAAUCAGUUGCAUGUCAGUUAUAAUUCCAUCAUUUUUAAGAUUUCCUAUCUUGUUAUUGCUGUAUAAAAAUGAACAUGAUUAAAUACGUGAAUUGUAGCCUGUCUAAUUGUUUCGCUUUUUCUCGAAUAAAAAACAAAUUGAACACGUA